AUGGCCCGUAAGGCCUGCCACAAGAUUAAACCGACCGACUUGCCGUUAGAUGUAUUGACUUAUGUGAACUUUGCAUUCGCCUUAAUCGAUCCGUCCACGUAUGAAGUGGUCGCGAUAGACUCGUCUACUCCAACUAGUCUCUUCUAA